GCAGCACAAAACACAAUUUGGUUUCUUUUAUAAAAACAAAAUGUCUGAAUCUGAGAUACUCCAUAUCGAAGUCACGAGUUCGAAGAAUGGCGAACAAGGGAAUGUUGCAGAUACAUCGCGUAGUGAAAACAAAAAUUGCUAUGAAUUGCUUGUUGAAUAUUGCUUGUUCAUUGUUGAUUUUGUAUACUGCAUUAUAAGCUCAAUUCCUCGUCUCAUAUUUUACUGUAUUAUAAAAGAUAUGUGUCCUUGCAAACAUGGAUGCGAAUCAAGCGUUUGGAAUUGUAAUAAAAUAAGAAAUUGUUUGAGCAGUUUCAAUUGGCCACGGAAGAAUGACGUGUUAUUAUUAUUAAAGAAGCUGUUCAUAAUCAUGAUCAUACCUCGUCUAAUAGGUACUGUUGUAUUCUUAAAAUACGACAUGCGUUGCAUUCUCUUCGAAAAGAAAUCGAUCCUGAAUUGUGAACCAGAUCAUGUGUUUGGUAAUGAGUUACAUUGGAUUAUAGCUUGGUUUUUCAUGUCAAUCGUAUCAUCGAUAAUCCUCAUUAUAAUAUUUAUAUGGGAUGAUGAAUACCAAUUCAAAAGAGAAAAAAUCAAAGUUGUCUAUAAGAAAGGUUCUUUUUGUUCUUUUUUCUUCUUCAUGGUAGUGACUGUCGUGUUUCACAUUGUGCGCUUAUUUUCUGGAAAAAGAAUUUUUUCGUCCCUUCUUUUCCUUCUUGCAGUUCCUAUUUUUACAGCACUUGUCUGUAUUGUAAACUUUGUGGAUCGGGUUCCUUUACUUGCUGAUAAAACGACAGAAACAAGAAGCCUAUGGGAGAGAGUACGCGAUAAGAAAGUUUCUAAGAAUUGGUUCUAUUGGCUUGCACUUUUAAUCAACUUCGUCGAAUCAUUAAGUAAAUUUACCUCUGUAUUGCUGGAUGUUGUGGAAGAUCUUACUCCCAUCAUCGAUGAUGCCUUUCCAAAUAAAUCGAAGGAGUUUAGAGGAGUACUUCUAAUGUUGAUUGGUUUUAGAUUGGCAUUUCACGCUCGUGUAUUGGGAUUUUUUUAUAAUAAAAUAUUCCACGGUGACAAAGAUCUAUUGACUGAACCGUGUACCAAACUUGCAAACAAUGGGGGAUGUGAAUUCGGUGAAACAAAUGGAACAGAAGAAACAGAUGCAGCAAAUAGAAGAGAUGUAUUAGGUUCAGCGAGUGCUACAGGUGUAAGAGAUACAACAGACGGAGCAGAUAGAGCAAAUGAGCCAAGUGGAACAGAAACAACAGGUGAAACAGGUGCAACUUGUGAUGCAAGUGACACAGGCGCGACAGUUGUAAACGAUGUAACAAAUGGAACAAAUGAAACAAGUGUAAUAUGUUGGGACACGUGGGAAAAUAAGUGAAACAAGUGCUAUACGUGAAAAAAUGGAAACAGGUGAAACAUUUAGUUUUUAGCUAAUAAUAAUGCACUUUUAAAUUAUGUUUUGAUUCAGCGGCGUAAGAAACUCGAUUAUUGCAUGACACAUAUUCAUAUUUUAUGUUCUCUGCUGUAUUAAGUUCCUUUGAAAUCAUUUAUUUUAAGAAUUAAGACAUCCAUAUAUGAUUAUGUGCAACCCCUCACAAUUAACGAGUUUUCCCUGCCACUAUAUCAAUGGAAAGUCUAUUAUGUUAUAAACACCAUGAUUUAAAUAGAUAUUAUGCACAAUGUAGUCUAGCAAUGCACAUUAACGUAAAAUUAAAAACUGCAUGAUAUUAUGUAAGAUUUUUAUUUAAAAAACCUUCAUCUCUCAUACUGAAAUACGAUUCUCACGUAUGUAAUUCAUUCUAAUGUAUGUAUUUUGAUGUGUGUGAUGUAAAAUAUGAUAUAAAAAUUUCGCUUUGCAAAAACUUUA